AUGGAUGGGUCGGUUGAGUUUUAUCGAAACUUUUCCGACUAUGAUAAUGGAUUUGGGAACGCUGAAGGGGAGUUGUGGCUAGGCCUGAAAUAUAUUCAAGAAUUAGCUGAACAGGGUACUUCUGAGGUUCGUCUAGACAUGACAAAUGAAAACUAUGGUACAGGGUAUGAGACUUUUCAGGAGUUCAGGUUAACAGAUGGAACAAGUUAUAAACUCAACAUUGGGUCACGUGAGGGAUCCGCAGGUAACUCGGCAUAUGGCUUACUCCAUAACAAAUUUCAACUGUUUUCGACCUUUGACCGUGACGUUGAUCCCGCAUCAACUCGUAAUUGCGCUGUGGAUCGACACGGAGGCUGGUGGUAUAACGGAUGUUCUUACGUUAACCUGAAUGGAUUGUAUGUGACACCAGGAGGGACAUGUGUCCUCGCUGGUGCAGAAUCAGGGGCAUGUGGACACGUGCAUACUGGAUUUAACGGCAAUAAGGGACUGAGACGUUCUACAAUGAUGUUGAGAAGGACCUAA